GUCCAGACAAGGGUCAACGUGGCUGCGCGACCACACUUGAACUCUCAUCUUCAGCAAACGACGCACGACAGCCCAUCUUUUUGACGUGUCCAUUGUCACAACUUAGCUUACCUACCUUGCCUAGGAAAGAAAGUUAGCGAUAAACGAGACAAACCUCGGAUGCAAAAUCCCGGGAAAAGCUCGCCGGUAUUGACCAAUUGCUCGCUGCCUAAUUUGACGACCUAAUCCGACUUCGCCGAUACGAUUAUCACGAUGCAAUUACGAGAAAUGGCGCCCUCACCGGCGUUGCUGGCACUGGCUGCCAUGUUGACGCCCCAAUUAGUAUCAGCUUUCUACCUCCCAGGAGUCGCGCCGACAUCAUACAAACCGGGCGACAGGGUUCCUCUAUACGUAAACGCCAUCAGGCCGGUCGCGUCACGGCAGGACUCGAUGCUGCACUCGAUGCUCUCUUAUGAUUACUACCACACCCUGUUCAAUUUCUGCCAGCCCGAAGGCGGUCCGGAGAGUGUCAGCGAGAGCUUGGGGAGCAUCCUCUUUGGCGACAGAAUAAUGACUUCCCCUUUCGAACUCAACAUGGCCAAGAACGAUACUUGCAAACCGUUGUGCAAGGUCACUUACGACGCAGGGUCCGCCAAAUUUGUCAACACCAGGAUCGAGCAGGGCUACAGCGUUAAUUGGUUGGUAGAUGGUCUGCCAGCGGGAGAGUUGGUGCCGGACCACGGCAGCCUACCAGACCAGGUUCUGGAGGAGCCCGGUGUUACGUACAACAGCCAAGGCUUUUCUCUGGGGCUGGAGGACUACUCUACGGGUGUCAUUGUGUUCAACAACCACUACGAUAUCUACGUCGACUACCAUGCAGUGAACAAGAAGCCCGACCAGCUGCGCGUGGUUGGUGUCCGGGUCACACCGCGCUCUCUCGACUACCGCGACAAGCCCGCAGACUGCGGCCAACACGAGCCCCUAAUCCUUAACGACGACGGCGAGACGCCAGUGCAGUUCUCGUACAGUGUCUACUGGGUCGAGUCGCCAACGGUCUGGGCGACGCGCUGGGACAAGUAUCUGCGCGUGUUCGACCCCAAGAUCCACUGGUUCUCUCUCAUCAACUCCACCGUGAUUGUGCUCGUGCUCGUGGCCACUGUCAUGUCCAUCCUCGUGAGGGCCCUGCGCAAGGAUAUUGCCCGCUACAACCGCCUUGAUCAGAUCGACCUCGACGACCUGUCAGGCAGCGGCGGCGGCGACUCGCUCGAGGACGGCGUACAGGAGGAUUCCGGCUGGAAGCUAGUGCAUGGCGACGUUUUCCGUACGCCCUCGCAUCCGCUGCUCCUGUCCGUCUUCCUCGGCACCGGCGCGCAGCUCUUUGUCAUGACGGGUUUCACCAUCAUCUUUGCGCUUCUCGGCUUCCUUUCCCCCUCUUCGCGUGGUUCGCUUGCCACCAUCCUGGUGCUCUCCUACACUGUCCUGGCAUCGGUUAGCGGCUACGUGUCGGCUCGCGUUUACAAGUCGUUUGGCGGCGAAAAGUGGAAGCUUAACAUGGUUAUGUCACCGACGUUGAUACCCGUCAUAGUCUUCUCGACCUUUUUCUUCCUCAACCUCUUCCUCUGGGCCAAGGGGUCAUCAGGCGCCGUCCCCUUCCUGACCAUGCUGGUUAUCGUCGGCAUCUGGUUCGUCAUCUCGGUUCCGCUCUCAGUCGCCGGCUCCUUCCUCGGCUUCCGCCACUCGGCCAUCGAGCCUCCCGUGCGCACCAACCAGAUCCCGCGACAGAUCCCGGCCGCCUCCACGACGUGGCUCCGACCCAUCCCCAGCAUGCUCCUGGUUGGUAUGCUGCCAUUCGUCGUCAUUUUUGUCGAGCUCUACUUCAUAAUGAACUCGAUGUGGUUCAGCCGCGUCUACUACAUGUUUGGGUUCUUGUUCCUCUGCUACGGCCUCAUGAUCGUCACGACCGCCUGUGUCACCAUCCUCAUGGUCUACUUCCUGCUCUGCGCUGAGAACUACAACUGGCAGUGGCGUUCCUUCAUGGCCGCUGGUGCCAGUGCAUUCUUUGUCUUGGGCCACGCCAUGCUCUACUGGAUCAGCCAGCUGUCUCUCGCCAGUUUGGCCGGUAGCGUUAUCUAUUUGGGCUACAGUAUUUUGCUGUCGUUCCUCUUCUUUGUCCUUACAGGCACGAUCGGUUUCUUCGCCAGCUGGUGGUUCACCCGCAAAAUCUACAGCUCCAUCAAGAUCGAUUGAGCUGGUGCGCAAAAAGGAAAUUGGAGUGGAAAUGAAGCUAGGGGUAGACAAGGAGGGCAAAGUUGGUUGUAUGAUGUAUACUGUAUAAAGUGUUGAUCAGGCUGGCACCAUGUCUCGCUAGCAUUUCAUGACUUUGUUUUUAUUUGGCUUGCUUUUUAUUUGUGCUAGCGUCUACGUAGAGAACCAACUGUAGGUCAGUUAGUGUAACAUUUCGGUUACGGGCAGCGAGUAACCAAAAGUCGGGGAAUAUGAUUUCAAUUGUUUCUUUUGCGGGAGCGUUCUUGCAGACAAUGCUAAUUGAUGGUCUGUUUGCACUGGGUUAUAAUAUAGAUAACAUUAAUGGCUGGCCAAAGUACCUGCUGCCGUGAAUUAUUCAGUCGCC